GUCUCUCUCAAUCUCUGGACUCUAGAGUCGAGACUAGUCUCAACCUUUCUUCCACUGUUCCAAUGGCUUCCUUCAAAUGGCUUCUCUUCACUUUACAUUUGCUCAUAAUUUUCACGGAAAUCGCUUCCGACGGACUUCCCGAUCCCGGAAAUGGCCGGAACACUCACGCCGUUUCGGCUUCUGAGGUCGCCUCUGAUCCAUCUCUGUUGCUCGAACUCGAUCAACUCAAGUCAAAGAUUUCUCUUUUAGAAUCAAGCAUUAGUGAAAGAGUGGAUAAACUAAGAGCCAAGGAUGAGAAAGUUGAGGAGUUAGAGAAGAUUCUGGCAUCAAAAUCAGCUGCAUUAGAGUCAUUGCAAACUCAAUUUCAGUUGAUCCAGGAGCAAAGGUCCUUAAAUGCAGAGGAGCUGGUUGGUAAGGCUAAUGCUCGUGCUGAUGAACUUGAGAAGCAGAUAGAUAUUCUGAAAAAGGAUAUAGAAGCACAAAACAAACAAAAAGAUAAUCUUGUUGGUCGUGCAAAUGAAGCAGAGGAGAAAAUUCAGGAAUUGAAUCUAAAACUUGAAAAUCUACAAAGGAUAAAUGAAGAACAGAAAUCAAGGAUCCGUAAAACUGAACGUGCUCUUCGAGUGGCAGAGGAAGAAAUGGUGAAAGCUAAAAUGGAGGCUUCUUCUAUCUCUAAGCAGCUCCAGGAGAUUCAUAAAGGAUGGCUUCCACGUUGGCUUACUGUUCAUGUUGUUCAUUGUCAGUCAAUUAUUGUGACUCACUGGAAUGAGCAUGGAAGACCUGCAUUGAAUCGGAGCAUGAAAAAGGCCCUAGAAAAGAAAUCUGAGCUAGAAACGUGGGUGAAGCCUCAUAUUCACACAUUUCAAACAGAAUGGAUUCCAAUGAUGAAAGAGCACUGCCGAGAAAUUGCAAGGAAUAUUGAACCACAACUAAACAUACUUUCUACAAAGACUAUCGACUUUUAUCAUGCAUCCAAGAACUAUAUGGAACCUCAUAUUGUGAGAGCACAGGAGUUUUUGAUUCCUUACUAUGAGGAUGCUAAGAAGUUCACAGAGCCUUGUAUUGAUCAUAUUGCAUUCAUAAUGAAGCCUCAUGUGGAUAAGGCGACUGCAUUCUUGAAGCCUUAUUCAAAGAAAGCAAUUCGUCAUUAUAGAAAGUUCAUGAAAUCUGCUCGGUUAUACCAUCAACAGGUCCAAACUACAAUUCAUGAUAAGCUAAAGAAUAAUGAGUAUACUGAACCUUUUGCAAGCAAGGAGUUGGCCUGGCUUAUGGCAUCUGCUUUAGUGAGUCUCCCCGUACUCUUUCUUCUUAACAUGUCUUCAGCCUUUUUCCGUAAGGCACCAAAAAAGCGGUCACGAAGUCACCAUAAAAGCCACACCCAUCGAAGAGCAAAAAGAGUACAUCAAGAAAAGUGAAGCAUUACACCAGAGUUUAAGAGAUUCAUAUUUUGUGUUAGAAGGUUAAUUUCCUGAUUGAAGGCACGAAGGCUUGCUCAAGGGCAGUUUUUGCAGGAAAUAGGGGGGUAUAUUAUAGUGAGAAACGAACUUCAAUUUUAUGGUUUCAUUCGCAAUUUUCUCACUGCUCUCAUUGUAUUACUUGUGUCUGUUAAAUUAGAAUCACAACGUAGAGAAAGAUAGUGGCGAACUGGCAGUCUUUUUGCUGAACUAAUAGUCUAAUACCUGUUUGGAAUGGUU